AUGAGAGAGCCAACAAAAACAGGAUCUGCAAGUUUUCUGGGUAGUUCCAGUGGAAUUCAUUUCAUCCGCCAUGUUUACGACAUCUUUAGCCGACGCUCGAAAGACGCGCAGCAGAUCCGACAACGCGAGAACAGCUCCGUACCCGGAGAAGAUGAUCAAUUGAAGCGGCAGGGUAUCGGCUCUACUGGGAGUGAUGGCUUUUGGAGCCCGAAUGAGGUGACUGUGGACCUGGAUGUGCGAUUCAGCUUCAAGGAUAUGGUAGCAUGGACCCGUUACUACUUUGAGAAUUGGCACCCAUGCUUUCCGUCUGUUCACGCACCGAGUGUAUUGGAAUCCAUGGCAGAGCUAGCUACUCAUGGGCCAUCAUCAGUUGAUCGCCUUGAUAUGGUGAUCAUCCGCUCGAUUCUUUCUAUCUCACUUGCGGAUGAGCGCCAGUCUCGAAUACACUCGCCAUGCAGGGGGUCAAUUCCCAGGACGCUCGUCUUUGAAGAUGUUCAACAUGUGACGCACGAAGUUCAUAUUUUGUUGGCUGAGAAUACCACACUUCGAACACUUCAGGCAGUUUUCACAGCUCAGCUGCUACUCGUUUCACUCUUGCGUCUGAAUGCAGCCUCGCGGCUAGGAGGCAUCAUCAUUCGCACAGCAUUCCAUUUGGGUCUUCAUCGUUGUCCCGGCCGAUUCUCGUGUUUCAGCGCUAGGGAGACUGAAAUUCGGAGACGUCUAUUCUGGUCUAUCUACUCACUGGACAGGUACCUAUCUCAAGCCCUUGGAAUUCCUUUGGGUAUCCGAGACGACGAUAUCGAUGUGUGCUUCCCAAAUGCCGAGACACACAAUAGUUCUUCCAAGGAGAUUGCUCAUGACCCUCGUCUGGACUUGCUUUCUCACCUCGCACGUUUUGCACAGGUGCGUGGACUGAUACUGGAGCUUCGGAACAAAUCAAUUUCCCAUAGCAAUGCCAGUACUGCAGAAGCAUCACGGGUCAACGGUGAGAUCGCCCAGUGGUGGAAUCGAGUUUACGACGCCGUGUAUCCAACCGAUGACAUUGCGGAGUUUCAAACGUGGACAAGCGCAAAAUUCAGCCCAUGUCACCGAUUGCUGUUGGAAAUUCUGAGGCACGAGGCAAUCAUUUCAAUGAAUCGACCUCUGCUUGCUGCAAAAAAGCCAAACCCGGAAUAUAAGCAUGCUCUUCAAACAUGCAUUUCAUCCUCUCGAUCUUUACUUCUGGCCUUGAAGAAUCACCUGUCCUCCGCGUUUGAUGCUCCUCUUACUUGGCCAUCUUAUACAUGGAUCACGUGGAUUGCCAGUCUUAUUCUGAUGUACGCUUCAUGGGAGGGCGAGAUACCCGUCACAACAGCCCUGAAACAUGCGAGGAUAGCCAUUCAAAUUCUUGAACAUCUUUCUCUCCGUGGAAGCAUCUGGCCAGAGACAUGCAUCGGGGCCAUUAAGAGCAUGCAAUCUAGUCUGUCUGCCAGAUCCCAUCUGCAGUCACGACACAGAGAUCUAGGUCAGCCCAUUGGUACGACCUACCGCUCAGACACGCACUCCAUUUCAUCGCCAAGCAAUUCUCCAAACCGAACGAGGACUUCCAACACGAUGUCUCCUACUUACCAGGUGACUUCGCAGUCCGAGAGCCAUGAUCCUUGCGAGGAUCAUGCAGAGAACAUGUCUUUUUCUGUAGAAAACGCGCGCCGUUCCGAUCCGCUUUCAUUUCCCACUCCAUCUGCUCCGGAGAAUGUUCAUGAUGGGAACGAUUCUUCAGCGCAUGAGAAUGAUGCGCAUGGAGGUAUAGACUCCGCCAAUCAAAGCCAAACGAUGAGCUCCCGGGAUACCGCCGGCGGAGUCUUUGAUGAUUCAGUCAACAAUGAUGCAUUUCUGAGUUCAACGAUUUUUGACCAGAACUCGUUUGCUUUCUCAGACCCUUUCUCAAUCAUGAUGACGGAUGCUUGGAGUGUGGCCGAUCGGCCGUGGACGAUCCAUGGUGAUCCCUGGUAG